CGCAUGGCCGCUGACCAGGCACCAAUUUGGCGAUUCUCACGUGGUGAUUUUUUUAGUAGCGUGGCUGGAAAAAGAAGAGAGUGGAAGACUUUACUUGUUAUAUAUCUAGUCAUUGGAAAAGAUGGAAGAAAAAAGAAGAAGAAGAAAAAGGAAGAGAAUAUGCAUGCCUGAGAGGAGAAAAGUUCCAAAAAAGUCAACUGUUUUGUGUUCGAAGAGGCAGGAAGGAGCGGAAAGUAGGAGUAGUGUAGCGGUGAAUAAGAGGAAGGUUUUGUGUUCGAAGAGGCAGGAAGGAGCGGAAAGUAGGAGUAGUGUAGCGGUGAAUAAGAGGAAGGUUUUGUGUUCGAAGAGGCAGGAAGGAGCGGAAAGUAGGAGUAUUGUAGCGGUGAAUAAGAGAAAGGUUUUGUGUUCAGAGAGGCAGGAAGAAGCGGAAAGUAGGAGUAUUGUAGCGGUGAAUAAGAGAAAAGUAUUGUCUUCAGAGAGGCAGGAAGAAGCGGAUAAUAGGAGUAUUUUAGCGGCAAAUAGGAGAAAAGUAUUGUCUUCAGAGAGGCAGGAAGAAGUGGAAAGUAGGAGUAAUGUAGCGGUGAAUAAGAGAAAAGUUUUGUGUUCAGAGAGGCAGGAAGGAGCGGAUAAUAGGAGUAUUUUAGCGGCAAAUAGGAGAAAAGUAUUGUCUUCAGAGAGGCAGGAAGAAGCGGAUAAUAGGAGUAUUUUAGCGGCAAAUAGGAGAAAAGUUUUGUGUUCAGAGAGGCAGGAAGGAGCGGAUAAUAGGAGUAUUUUAGCGGCAAAUAGGAGAAAAGUAUUGUCUUCAGAGAGGCAGGAAGAAGAAAUUGAUUUCACAGUACAAGUACAAUCAACAAAGAAGGAUGAAUGCAGUCAACAUCCUAAAGAAAUGAUUACACAUGAGGCCCAAAGUUCGUGUGUUUCAGAUUCCGAACAAUCGUGUGACUCUGUGGUAUUAAGAAAAUCAACUAGGAAAAGAAAACCACCCGAACGGUUUCAAUAUACGUCAUUUUUCACAACAGCAGUGGUGCCAGAAGGGAAAAGGAAGAGCGUAGGCAAAAGGCAGAGCGUAGUCGCGGAAACAGAAGUUCCCAAAAUUAACGUUGCCAAAACAGAUGUACCCAAAAUUAAAGGGAAAAGGAAGAGCGUAGGCAAAAGGCAGAGUGUAGUCACAACAGCAGUGGUGCCAGAAGUUACAACAGCAGUGGUGCCAGAAGUCGCAGAAACGGAAGUUCCCAAAAUUAACGUUGCCAAAACAGAUGUACCCAAAAUUAAAGGGAAAAGGAAGAGCGUAGGCAAAAGGCAGAGUGUAGUCACAACAGCAGUGGUGCCAGAAGUGGACGAGCAGAUUAUGUUGCCUCCUUCCGGGAGAGAAAACAACAUGAGCUUGGCUGAAAUACUCAGAGAAAGGUCAAAAAAUAGCACAUAUUUGGAUAUUCUACCUGGAAGAAUAGGGAAGGAACUGACGCAUGAAAUGAAACUCGUUGACCAGCAAACUGAUAACAAACCAAUGUUUAAUGUUCAAAACAACUCUGACUUCGAAACCACAGAUAUAAUUGAUGACUCGUUUAUUGAUGCAGCAUCGUGUGAAAAGCAACCAUAUAAGCCAUUGUAUGGUAAAAAAACUAUGGCAAAAGAACUGUCGCAUUUGAGUAUGGCCGCGUGGGUGUCACCAGCAUUGGUGACACCCAAGGGUACUCUAGGGCAUAUCUAUCUCAUGGAAUAUGGCGAAAAGGGGUUCCUCUAUGCCCAAAAAGAUAUCUCAUUUUAUGCGAUUGAUGGGGAUGUCAGGAUAAAUUUAUCAGAAAAAGUUUUCAUUGACUUGGAAAAGGGUGAUUGCUUCCAUGUCCCAAAAGGUUACGCAUACAAAUUGGACAAUGUGUCCAAUGGAUCACGCACGGUGCUAUUUUGUCGCUAUGAAUAAAUGUCUGGUACCAAGCAAAACAACAACAUAAAUGUAUGUACCAAUAAUUAUAUGUAUAUAUUUCUUAACUUA